CAAACUUAUAAAAGAGGGCGAUGGCGCGCGCCAAACCGAAGCAUGGAAAGGACGGCGGCGAGAAGGGGAAGGCGAAGGUAGCGCCGCAAGCGACGACCGAACCCGACAAGCAUGUACCUGUGAACGUGGCUCGUCGCUUGAAGACGGAGCUGCAGCGACUUCGUGGAACGGCGAACGGCGAGCUGGACAAGAAUGACUCGACGGCAUUAGGGCGCGAGUUCACGUCCGAAUCGUACCUCGAGCACUCGGACCCGCAUGUUCGAUUACUGGUGGCGUCCUGCAUCGCCGAGCUCCUCCGUGUGACUGCCCCCGAGACCCCCUUUGGAUCGGACCACGAACUGUACGAAGUAUUCGUAUUGCUGGUUCGCGUCUUGCGUGAAACGACGAAGCACACCGACAUUGCGUGGUUUACUCUGUUGGAGACAUUGGCGUCUGUGAAAAUGUGCAAUCUCGCGGUGGGACUCACUCCCGACUCGAGUCAUGCCCAAAGCGACACGUCCCCCGAGGAUCUCGUCGUCGACAUCUUUCGGUGUCUAUUUGAGCGCAUCCAAGACGACCAUGCCGCCAAGGUCGAAGCAAACAUGGUGAGCAUCAUGGUAGGAUGCCUCGAGGAAUGCGAUGUCGUGAGUCCCCAACUGUUGGAAACACUCUUGGAGCCGCUCCUGCACAACGACCAGCAUCCUCGAGCAUACCACAUGGCGCAACAAGUGAUUGAAAAAGCGAGCGAUCAGCUUCAAAAUGCCCUCAGUUUGUUCUUCAACAGUGUACUCGUGGAUGCCACGACCCCGCAUUCGCUCAGCACGACGUCCGACAUGAAGGACCACGUGCACACGCUCAUCUACGAGACACACAAGAUCCAGCCUGGUCUGCUUCUGUACGUGCUCCCGAACGUGUGCCUGCAGCUCCAAGUGGACGACAUGGAGACGCGGUCGAACGCGAUUGCGCUCAUGGGGCGGCUCUUUGCGUCGUCCCAUGCCGACUACGGUCAUCAAUACCUCAAGAACUUCCGCGAGUUCCUCGGUCGCUUUCGCGACGUGAAGAAAGAGAUUCGCCUCCAAAUGGUCACCGUCUGCUCGAUCGUGGCCCAGCGCAAGCCGGAUCUGGCACUCCUGGUUGACGCGGAGCUGCAAUUGCGCCUCCAGGACCCGGAAUGGGACGUGCGGCGCCUGGUGGUCAACGAGCUCUGCGACUUGGCCACGCAUUCCCUGGCGAGUGUGUCCAACGCUAGUCUGCGCGAAGUGGGCGAGCGCAUGAAGGACAAAAAGGUCAUGAUUCGGAAGGAAGCCAUGACCGGUCUCGCGCAGAUUUACGCCGCCCAUGUGUCCACGUCGUGGACAAACGGCAACAAGGACGCGACGGCCGUGGCGCAGCAACUUGCUUGGAUCCCGGAAUACGUGCUCAAGUGCUUUGCAUAUCCCAUCCAAGAACUCCGCCUUCGCGUCGUGCAACUCGUGGACGACAUUUUGUUGCCCAAGUCAUCGACAGAGUUGUUUCGAAUGAAGGGCUUGCUGUUCAUGUGGAAGACGUUGGACGCUGGCAGCCGCGAAGCGUUGCGUCGCGUGUUUCUAGAACGAGUGCAAUGCCGUCAAAUCAUCCAGCAAUUCCUGACUCUCAAGCAGCAACUACGCCAAGGAAAUGCUGCCAACAACGGGUCCUCGCUUCAGAAAUGCUUGAAAGAGCUGUCACCGCUGCUGCCUGAAACAGAAGGAUUGACCGGACUCGUGGACAAACUCGCGACGUGGAAAGACUUGAAACUUGUCAAGCACUUGGGCGUGCUGUGCGCUGCAACGUCCGAUGCCGCGGCCAUCCGCCAAGCCAGGGAAGACAUCGUCAAGAUGGUCGGCUCCAAGACCCCCCUGGGCGACUUUAUCAAGAACGUGUGCCGCAAACUGGCCAUGACGACCGUGAACGCGUCCAGCGUGGACUGUCUACUGUCCAUUUUAAAGGACGAACCCACCCAUGAGUGUGUCGAAGUCCUGCAUUUGGUCGGGUCGAUCUUUCCGCAUUUAUUGCACUCCCACGUGGGAACAUUGGAGCAACUUCUCGCCCAAUGCUCGUCGCCGCACGUUGUCUUGCCCUGCGUAUUGGAGUUGCUCGUGUGUUAUGCUAAGUUUGAUCGCGACGGCGCCCCACCUGUGGCCCUGAAGAAGCCGCUCUUGGCGCAUUGUACCAAUCAACCGCUGGAUGUGGUGAAAAAGAGCGCGCGCAUUCUCGUCUCGCUCUUUCCUGGCGAAGUCCCGGGGUUGGUAAAAAAACUGCGCAAGCCAACAUCGUCUGGGCUGUCGGACGCGACGUUGCAAACGCUGGUCGUAGUUACGAAACACGUUCCAAACGUCAUAGCGGACGCCACGGCGUUGUUUGACCAACUUGUCGACGUGGUGAACACGUCCAAAAAGCGAGAGACGAAAUGCCUCGCGUUGACGCUGCUGUCCCAUCUGGUACUGUACCAACACGUGCCAGAUGGCCACGAACUGAACGACCAAGCACCUCGCGACACUGCGUGUCGACGGGUGUACGACCUGAGCUUUGACCUGCUCCAAGCCUCGACCAGCAAAACGUCGGCGCCGUUGCGAGCGGUGGCCGCGUCGAAUCUGUUGAAACUGACACGCGUCCCGCGUCUGGAGCGCCAGCUUCGCAUCGACGAGUGGCACACGCUAGGGUACGUCCUAACCGACUCGGACGAGGGGGUGCGCAGGGCGUUUUUGAAAAAGCUGACGUCCAACUUGCUCCGCCAUCCGUCACUGAACCACAAAUACGUGUGCUAUGUGGCGUUGGCGUCGUCGGAACCUGUGGCCGAGCUGAAGAAGGAAGCGCGGACGCUGCUGCAGUCCGCCGUCCAGCGCAUGCGGCACAUGUACGAAACCGCGCGGUCCUCGGCGUCGGUGGCAGAGAAUAACCCGGCCAGCUCGCUCAUGGUGCCAGAGUAUGUGGUGCCGUACGCGGUGCAUCUGGUGCUGCACUCGCCGUGGGAAGGCAGCGAAGACGUCGAGUCGCUGUACUUUUUGCUCGAAUCCCUCGUCUCCCACGUCGUCUCUGAGGCCGACAACAUUUCGUUCUUGUUGCAAAUGCUGCACAAACUGUCCUUGUGUCACGACUCCACGACAUCAUCAACCAACAACUACCCGAAAGACUUGAGCGCGAUCCUUGACGCGGGCACAACCUGGCUGAAGAAACGGAUCAAGAACCAAAUCAACCUCAAAGCCUACCCUGGUCAAAUAUAUUUGCCCAAGCACCUGUUCCAACCUGGCAAGGCACCGGGGACGACGACGGGAAGUGGCGCCGCGUCGAAAGCUACCGCUUUGGAAGACGACGGCGACGCGGAUGUAGUCGAGCGAGUCCAAAAGAAGCGACCGAUUGCAGUCAAGACAGACAAACCAUCCAAGAAAGCCAAAGUGGUCUCGACCAAGUCUCCAGUUGUCACCCCCACUCGCCGAAUGCCCGCCAGACAUGCCAAGAGCGCAGACGUGAGCUUGGCGGACCAGGACAGCGACGUCGACGACGAAGAGAAUGCACGCCCGGCGCGUGCUACUUCUAGACCGACUGCUCCAACGCCACGAGUAGCAGUCGAAGAUGAAACUAAAUCAGACGACGAGACAAACGAUGACGACAACGAGACAAAAUCCGACGACGAAACCAAAUCGGACGAUAAUGAUGACGACGAAGAGACAAAAUCCGAUGACGAAGUGCAAGUUGACUCCAACAAGGCAGUCAAAUCAACCACCGCGGACAAAAAGACUACAAACGACCCGAAUCGUCCGUCCCCGGUGGUGGUGGUUGCUUCGCAUCAUCCCUCCGUACGACCCACACGGGCGCCGGCCGCCAGGACCCAUGUCAGUACUACGCCAUCACCACCUGACUCCGUAAACAGAGGAGACGAUGCGCCGACAAUGCCAAAGAAACGCCGGGUCGCUCCUACCAAGGCAACUACUUCUGCGACUGAUGCGGCUACAUCCACAACGAGCGUCUCAAAGGGAAAACAACCAAAGCAUGUGGCCACUCCUCCAUCCCCACGAAGGUCAACGAGAGGAGGAUCCAAGGAGGCAGAACUUGUGGCUUCGGAAGGCGAGGACGAGAACCAAACGAAGACCGACAACCCACCAGCGAAUAACGAUGACGCCGACGACGAAGAGAUGACGAGUUUCCGCAGCCGUCGUCGUCGUCGCCGUGGUUGACAUGGUUUUGAAUAUACAUGUAUUGGGCUAUCUAUAUUGGCAGUUCCCACGGUGCUUUCUUUGCC